AUGGCAUUGACAAUGAUAAAGAGUGAUGAGAACGCUAGAAGGCAAAAUGUACGCAUUAUAGACAGUGAUCUGUCACCUGAACCGAGGUGUAUUAAGCGUAGAAGACGUGACACAGCUGCUGCUGCACUUAGCUGUGAAGGUCAACAGAUCAAACAAGAAGUUGAUCCAACUGCUCCAACGACAGUGAAACGAAGUUCAAGAUUCCGAGGUGUAAGCAGGCAUAAAUUGACAGGUCGAUAUGAAGCACACUUGUGGGAUAAACUCUCAUGGAAUGUAACUCAGAAGAAAAAGGGAAAACAAGGGGCGUAUGAUGAUGAGGAAGCUGCAGCAAGAGCAUAUGAUUUGGCUGCACUCAAGUAUUGGGGGGCAUCGACUUUUACCAAUUUUCCAAUAUCUGAUUAUGAGAAGGAAAUUGAAAUUAUGCAGACUGUCACCAAAGAAGAGUACCUAGCCUCUCUAAGAAGAAAAAGCAGUGGCUUUUCAAGAGGAGUAUCGAAGUACAGAGGAGUUGCCAGACACCAUCACAAUGGAAGGUGGGAAGCAAGGAUAGGGAGAGUUUUUGGAAAUAAGUACCUCUACCUUGGCACUUACAGUACACAAGAAGAGGCUGCUCGUGCAUACGAUAUUGCUGCAAUUGAGUACAGGGGGGUAAAUGCUGUCACUAAUUUUGACUUGAGUACCUACAUCAGAUGGUUGAGGCCAGGAGCGAAUAAUUUGGUUUCUGCUCAGGAAUUAAAUUUAAGCCAAGAGUCGCAAGCAUUAUUACCCCCUUUUCGUUCAUGUGAAGAAUCCUUGUCCCCUUGCUCAAAAACUAGAGCCUUCAAUGUAGAUGACCCGAGCAAGAUGGAAAAGUUUGAAAGAAAAAUCUCAGUUAGUCCAUGCAGCAAAUCGUCUUCUCCAACAGCACUUGGCCUGCUCCUUCAGUCUUCAAUAUUUAGAGAACUGGUUGAGAAAAAUUCAAAUUCAUCAGAAGAAAAUGACGAUGAAAACACCAAGAUCAUGCUAGAGGUGAGCAGGGAUGAUGAAUAUGGAGGAAUAUUUUAUGAUGGAAUUGCAGAUAUUCCAUUAGUGCUUUCUUCUAAUGGCCAUGGAAUUGAAUUGCAAGGACAUGUUCAUUUCAAUCAUAAUAGUGCAGACAUGAUUGGGAACGACGUUAUAAACAUGGUCCCUAUGUGUUAA